AUGGACCAAAAGACGACACUUGAAUUUCUGAGCCACUUCAAGUCGAAGUUACCUCCGGGCAUGGCUGAACUCCUCAUGAGGAAGGUCGAGUCUGGCGAGUUGGACUCGAAUAAGGCGGGAGGCUCCUCGUCUCGUACUAAGCUUGUCAGAGAUCCUAUACGUCAAGCCCGCACUGACAAGGCGCGGGUGUUUAUGGAUCGCGGUCAAGAUCUUACUCAGAACCCGGUCACUGCCGAUUUUGAUGAGGCUGCCGAAGAGUAUGCAAAGGCUAUCACUAGCAUCGUCGGCGAAGACUUCUGCGUACCCUCUCGCGGCGGCUAUAUCUCUCAGAAGUAUCUUGACCUCGACGAGAUUGAGCGUUCAAUGCUUAUGUCUACGUGUGCCGGUCUUGGCUCAGCUAUUCACAAUGCCGGCGUCAGAGGCGAUCGAGAUGACGAUGCUCGCGCGCUCAUGUACUCUGAAGAAGUUGAGAUAGUACACCGACAUCUGUUCUUCUCUCAAACUCCCAAUGAGUAUCCAUGGAAGAACUCCAACCUGCCCCUGACUGAAUACUGGCAGGCUCGCAUGGUCGCCAUGAUCAACGCUUCCUCUCUGUACAAGUCACUCGGCAACACGGCAACGGCAUGGCAUCAGCUUGCUACAAUCCGCGCUCAAUUCGAGAAUAACUUCAUCCUCGAGAAACAAGACCUUCAAAAGCUACUCCCACCCAUAAGCCAUUUCGCUGAGAUGAGCGCCUUGAAGCAUCCGGAGCCGCGAUUGGCUGCACUGGCUAAGGUGAUCCGUCCAGAUCUGCAGGUCCUGGGAAGUUGGCAGAAGCUGCAGGUAUCCGGCAGAGGCCUUCCCGUACGGCAAGGAGAGGCGUAUUGUGUCUGGAACAGUUGUCUAUACGUCUUGGGCGGCGAAAGGCAUCCGUCUGAGGGUCCGUACUACAAUGACUUUCACUAUAUCGAUCUCAACAAACUGGAUGGAUGGCACACGUUGCCGUCCUUCCCCAACAAGAGCAUACCGAAUAACGGUUUGCUAACGCAUCAUGGGAUGUAUGUGAACGAGAACACGCUAUACUUCUUUGCUGGUUUCGACACAUUAUACGCCUUUGAUCUUGUGAAGCGCAAGUGGAAGAACCGCACUGUCCAGGCCUUGCCUGCUGUCCCAGGUACUCGAUGGCCUACAGACGAUGCUCUAUGCGAGUUUGCGAGCACUUACGCACCGCGCCGCGAACACUUCUACGUCUUUGGAGGCAAGCAUAGCGACGAACGACUGGGUUGCGACUUGUUCCUCGUCAUCAAUAUGCGUACUGGUCAGUGGCGAAAGCUCUCUGGCAAUGCCCGAGCCGCGGAUCUACGCGCAGACUAUCGCUCUCCUGGUCCGCGCGGGAACGCCAUGCUGUGGACAGAUGCGGACGAGAAGAAGAUAUACCUCUUCGGUGGUGAAGCCGAUCGUAGUGGCGCGAUGAUAAACGGUCAGAAACACGGCGCUGGCGUCUCUUACCCGUACGAUGACUUCUGGUCUUGGGAUAUCGAGGGCGAGUUCUGGACCCGUGGGCGAGUAUCGGGAAAUCCACCUUGCCCGCGUUCAGAGGCCGGCUACGUCUUUAACCCCAGUCUGAACAGCGCUAUUGUCUUCGGAGGCUACAACCCCGCGCUCGUUUCGAGCGUCACGGACGAACAGGGUCGAGAGCAAACCUGGGACUUCCAGUACUUUGCCGACACGUUCAUGCUCGACAUGAGUACGCGCGCUUCACCAGACGAUCCUCUGCGCUGGAAACAAGUGCUUACGCGCGGCUUCCCGACGUAUCGAGCGAACACGAGACUGAUCACCGAUCCUGCAACUGGGAAGACGUUCCUGUAUGGUGGGUACACCAGCCAUGAGUAUCUGCCAUUCUACGAGCGAUCGCGCUGCUUCUCGGACAUCUGGCAGCUCAAGGUGGACGUCAUGAACGGGUACUUCGAGGACGUUGACGUGGAAGAAGAGGCGCGUUCCGCCAAGGCCGGCCCGUGGCAGCGGUGUUUCACUUGCGGCUCAACAGGCCGAAGCUGGAAGCGGUGUGGAGGCUCUUGCAGCGGCCGCGCCUUGUUCUGUGGCAAGGAAUGCCAACUCGAAGGUUGGAAAGAGCAUAAGAAGGUGCACGGUUGCAGAAAGAAAGCUGAUUGA